ACCCCCAAUCCCCCCUCCCUCUCUCUACGAUAGCAGUCAAAGCGAAGAGCUUUGGCAUUAACCUCGUCAACUUGUUCUCCUUGGGGAAAGCUCUCUCGGUGCUUCUCAGCUACCAGGAUAUUACUUAAGCCAAACUAAAAAACCCAACUAUCUCUCUCUCUCUCUCUGUAUGUAAAAGUCGAGGUCGGUUUUGCUAAGAAAGGAGGCAAAAUCAAAACCGCAGUUGGGUUUCAUGGGGAUUUGCUUGAGCGCCCAAAUUAAAGCUGAGAGCCAAUGUAACACAGGGGCCAAAUAUGUUAGCACUGAUGGGAAUGAUUUUAGCAGUACAAGUAGCAAGGUCUCAUCGGUUUCAGUGUCUCAGACCCCUCGGAGCGAGGGUGAGAUCUUGCAGUCAACCAAUGUGAAGAGCUUUAGUUUUUCCGAACUCAAAAUGUCCACCAGGAAUUUCCGUCCUGAUAGUGUGUUAGGAGAAGGUGGUUUUGGUUCGGUUUUUAAGGGAUGGAUUGAUGAGCAUACAUUUGCUGCAAGCAAGCCUGGGACUGGCAUGAUUAUAGCUGUGAAAAGGCUCAAUCAAGAAAGUUUCCAAGGUCACAGGGAAUGGUUGGCAGAAGUAAAUUAUCUUGGACAGCUUUAUCAUCCGCAUCUGGUAAAAUUGAUAGGCUAUUGCUUGGAGGAUGAACACCGGCUGCUGGUGUAUGAGUUUAUGCCUCGAGGCAGCUUGGAAAAUCAUUUAUUCAGGAGGGGGUCUUAUUUCCAACCUCUUUCUUGGAGCCUCCGUUUGAAGGUUGCUCUUGGUGCUGCAAAGGGGCUUGCCUUCCUUCAUAGUGCUGAAACAAAAGUUAUAUAUCGGGACUUCAAGACUUCUAAUAUUUUGCUUGAUUCAAACUACAAUGCAAAGCUUUCUGAUUUUGGGUUGGCCAAGGAUGGGCCGACUGGCGAUAAAAGUCAUGUCUCUACUAGGGUUAUGGGGACCUAUGGAUAUGCUGCUCCAGAAUAUCUGGCCACGGGUCAUCUUACUACCAGGAGUGAUGUCUACAGCUUUGGGGUCGUAUUACUUGAAAUGUUGUCUGGCCGGAGAGCAGUUGAUAAGAAUCGGCCAGCUGGAGAGCACAAUCUGGUGGAAUGGGCUAAACCCUACCUGGCUAACAAAAGAAAGAUGUUUCGAAUCCUAGAUAAUCGUCUUGAAGGGCAAUAUACAAUGGAGGGAGCAUAUAAGGCAGCAACCCUUGCAUUGCGAUGCCUAUCCAUGGAAGCCAAGUUCAGGCCAACCAUGGAUGAGGUUGUUACAGCAUUGGAGCAGCUACAGGAAGCAAAGGACAAUGGAGUCAUUCAGAGCAAUCCGAGUACUGGACCCAGGGUUCGAAGACGAAGUACUGGUGAUACUCCACAUGGAAGGAGCCCUGCUGCUUACCCUCGGCCCUCUGCCUCCCCUCUUUAUGCAUGACAAUGCAAUGGCAGAACAUAACAAAAGCUGCUUCUGGUUCUACUAAAACUACGAUGGCAAGGUGUUUUGGUGAGAAUCUCAUGAUCUGGAUCAUAUACAUAUAUUGGUCUAAUAACUGUACAGAUCAUAUUUCAUCUAAUAUAGUAGGCAGAUCAACCUUCCGUUGAUGGGAAAAUCUUCUGUUGACAGUUUCCUGUGAACUUGUAACAUGAAUGCCACGAUGUUAUGUCUUACAAAUAUGUUUGUAACUUUGGAAACUGCUUGGAAAGUAGGGAAGCAAUUGCUGUUGUAUGGUAACUAUGGGCACCUGUCCUUUUUUCUUUCAGCCUGGGGUCCUUUUUCUUUCAGCUUGGGGUGGUAUAUUUUCCAUUUGUUUUACUAUUUAGGUGGGUCUGUCUGUCCUAAGUUUGAUGUAAUAUCUUGUUUGUGUUCUUAUUCAAAGAAGGAAAAGAGAAGAAUUUCAGCUGUUGAUUUGA